CCUACAAUUACUUGAAACGUUUCAAGAACCCAUAGUGUACCCCGCAUGUUAGAUUCAGGUCAUGGAGGCCAGGUUUCGGCCACUGAUGGCGAUGAGGUAGACGGCAUGGACGAAGACAUCUACCCCUCUGACUUCAACAUCUCCGGCUGUAUCAUUGAUAAUGAUAUACACGAUAUUCUAACCAGACGGCUCCCGAAAGAGUGCCGAUUGACAUGCGUAUUCGACUCCUGCCAUUCUGAAUCUGUGCUUGAUCUUCCCUAUACCCUAACAUGCUCGCGGUCGCGCCCUGGUCACCCUAUGUUCCAUAGCGAAGUAUCUAAGGAAGCUUGGCCAGCGAAAGCAGUGGAAGGAGACGUCAUAUGCUGCAGUGCGUGCACAGACGAAGGUAUAAGCAGGGAAACGUACGGAGCAGCUGGCGCGAGCGGCCUAUUUACCUCCGCGUUAAUAAAGCUGAUCCGGUCACACCCAAACUAUAGUUGGAUGGAUCUCAUAUGCUCGGCAAGAAAGGAAUUGGAAAGCAGUGGCCAAGAACCUCAGCUGUCCGUCUCGCACGAAUGCGACAUCAACUGCACCAUUGCUUGACCGACCAACCAGAUGCCGCAGCGAAAUGCCAACGUCUAUAUAAUCGUAUAUAAAUGAUAUGAUAUCCACGAUACUGCCUAGAGAUAAUAUUUAGAGCUUG